GCUUCCUCAGGUACAGUGACAGAGAAUCCCCAAAUCUGAAAGGAGGGAAACGCUGACAUGAAAACAGAAAUAUUUGCUUUGAUAUUCCUUUGUCAAAUUAUUGGUCAAAGUUUGUGCCAAAAUGGAACCAGACCCAACAUCGUGAUGGUGAUGAGUGAUGCAUUUGAUGGGCGAUUGACCUUUGAUCCUGGCAGCAGAGUUGUGCAGCUGCCAUAUGUAGACUACCUCAGGGAGCUUGGUACCACGUUCCUCAAUGCUUACACCAACUCACCCAUCUGCUGCCCCUCAAGAGCAGCAAUGUGGAGCGGUCAGUUUGUUCACCUAACUCAGUCGUGGAACAACUACAAGUGCCUUGAUGCUAAUGCAACAACAUGGAUGGAUUUGCUGGAGGCGGAUGGAUAUCUGACCAAGUCAAUGGGCAAGCUGGACUACACGUCAGGGAGUCACUCUGUUAGUAAUCGAGUCGAGGCCUGGACACGAGAUGUUCAGUUCCUCCUGCGCCAAGAGGGCCGGCCUGUUACGCAACUCGUUGGGAACAUGUCAACAGUAAGGAUCAUGGGAAAAGACUGGGAAAACACAGACAAGGCUACACAGUGGAUCCAUCAGAGAGCUGCAUCCUCACACCAGCCCUUUGCACUUUAUCUUGGCCUCAAUCUACCUCACCCCUAUAAAACCGAAACCCUGGGGCCCACCGCAGGAGGAUCCACCUUCCUUACCUCACCAUACUGGCUGAAAAAGGUAUCUUCUGAGCUCAUCACUGUUCCUAAAUGGCUGCCUGUUGCUGCCAUGCACCCUGUCGACUACUACUCCACCUAUACCAAGAACUGCAGUGGUGUUUUCACUGAGGAGGAAGUAAAAAACAUAAGGGCCUUCUAUUACGCCAUGUGUGCUGAAGCUGAUGCCAUGCUGGGCAAAGUGAUUUCAGCUUUGAGAGAGACUGGCCUGCUUGACAACACUGUUGUGAUCUUUACGGCUGACCAUGGAGAGCUCGCCAUGGAGCACCGGCAAUUCUACAAGAUGUCAAUGUUUGAAGGCAGCUCCCAUGUUCCCCUGCUGGUCAUGGGGCCUGGAAUGAUGUCUGGCCUGCAGGUCAACCAGCUUGUGUCCUUGGUUGAUCUCUAUCCCACUGUGCUAGACAUUGCUGGUAUUCCAGCAGCAGGUAUUCUCAGUGGCCACACGCUCCUUCCACUGCUAUCAAAGGCCAGCGCUUUUUCCAAGAAGCAACAUUCCGACUGGGUUCUGAGUGAAUAUCAUGGUUGUAAUGUCAAUGCCUCUACAUACAUGCUGAGAAGUGGCCGUUGGAAAUAUAUUGCCUAUGCAGAUGGUGUGAGUGUCCCCCCACAACUUUUUGACAUAACACGGGACAAGGAAGAACUUCAUAAUGUAGCUCUGGAUCUCCUAGAUGUGCAGGCCCAUCUGGACAAGCUAUUGCGUAGUAUUGUAGACUAUCCAAAAGUCUCUACAACUGUGCAUCUCUACAAUAAAAAAGCAUUUACUGCCUGGCGCCAUAGUUUGGGGAGAAACUACAGCCAAAUCAUCGCUAACCUCAGGUGGCAUGUGGAUUGGCAAAAAGAUGCAUUAGCCAAUGAGAGAGCUAUUGACAACUGGCUCUCUGACUCUUUGAGAUAGUUUUUCUUUUUUUAUUGUUUUUUUUUUUUUUUUGGUUACCUUUAAGGUGUCUUUUUUAAAAGAGCUGGACUCGAACUUCGAUUAAAGCUGACAUCUUUGACAAUGUGAGAGCCAUUGAUGGAUGGCUCUAUGGCUCUUAAUGACAUUUAUACUCUAACAAUUUUAAUGAUGCGUAAUCUCAGAGUAUCACUUCCAAUGUACUCAGUUCACGCUUUGACUUUAUCUGGAUUUUUAUUUGUAUACAGUACCAGUCAAAAGGUUGGACACACCUUCUCAUUCAACUACUUUGAAGAAUCUAAAAUCUAAAACAUAUUCUGGUUUGUUGAGCAUUUAUUUGUUUACCACAUAAUUCCAUAUGUGUUCCUUCAUAGUUUGGAUGUCUUCAAUGUAGAAAAAAAUAAAAAUAAAGAAAAAAAAAAACAUUGAAUGAGAAGGUGUGUCCAAACUUUUGACUGGUACUGUAUGUCUCAUGUCUGACUGAUCAUUUUGCACAAACUUUCAGAGGGACUUCAAUGUAAUACCAUGACGUGACAAUAUUCAAUUAUUAUUUAUCAUUCAAUUCAAUUCAAUUCAGUUUAUUUUGUAUAGCCCAGAAUCACAAAUUACAAAUUUGCCUCAGAGGGCUUUACAAUCUGUGCACAUGAGACAUCCUCUGUCCUUAGACCCUCACAUCCUCUGUCCUUACAC